CGUCACCAGCCGCUAGCCGGCAUGCACAGAAAUUAAAAUUAUGGUCGCUAAAAAGGACGAUUAAAUGCCAUCCAAGGGAAAGGGGCCCCUGCAGGUGGUCCACAGAGAGGUGGACGACAUGAGGGGGAAGCUGGAGAGUCUGUUGAAAGAUGUUGAGGGUGAGGUGGAAACCAAAGAGGAGUCCUUUAGAAGAUGCCAAGAACUUCAGAUAUCUGCAGAGAAAACACUGAAACAUCUGACAAAACUGACCAAGGCCGAUGAGAUUGCUCCUGUGGGCAACUACGACCAGAGAAAACGAGACGAGCAAGGACGACUGCACAACGUCCUGGAGCAGCUGAACAAACUCUCCGUGGAGCUCUCGCCACCGGGACCAAGCACGGAGCCAUCAACAAGGUCCAUAGCUUUCAUGGUAUCAUUUCCAAAGGCCAUACUUGCAAAAAAAAAAAAUGUCCUUUUCAUUCGCAGUGAUGCCCAGAAUGAAGAUGGCGAGGACGGAACUGAAGAAAGUGACGAGGAGGACAGUGACGAAGACACCGCCCAUAAGGAGGACAGCCCCAAAAAUGAGAGUCAGGCGUCGACCGCACCCCCGCAGUCGGAGCUUUGCGUCUACACGGCGCUUAGUGAUUUCAAGGGGGACCAGGAAGGAGAUUUGACAGUUGAGCGUGGUGACAUGUUGAAAAUCCUCAAGAAGACAAGUGAUGGCUGGUGGCUGGCCGAGAAUGCCAAAGGCGACAGAGGAGUGGUGCCGAGAACAUACCUCAAGAUCGGUUCUGUCCUCGGUGACGACGACAAGGAGGAGGAGGAUGAAGAGUCCGACGAGGCUGAGGAGGAGCGAGAGGACUCAGAAGAGCAGGAAAACGAAGAAGAAGAAGAGGAGAAGCAGAGCCACACUCCUCACGCCAACUGGUCCACUUUACGAAAGGCUCUAACCGAGAUUGACGCUACCGAUGUCCUCUCCGCAAUGGGCGCCAUCCCUUCCGGGUUCAGGCCCUCCACUCUCAGUAAACUGCUGACAGACGAAGGGGCCAAAUACAGAGGAAGUCAUUUGAUGCAACCGCAGCUCAGCCAAUCACAGCUCUCCUUCAGCGACCUCUUCUUGGAUCCUGACACUGGCAGGGUGCGCCCGCGACACCCUCGAACGUGCGUUUGUUUCACCCUGUGGAGCUGCAAGAGGAUCCCCACACCCGGGGUCGGCGUCCAGGUCCUUAGCAGACACAUCCGACUCUGCGCCUUUGACGGCACUCGGGUGCUGAGUAACAUCCACACAGUGAGGGCCACCUACAACCCCAAGAGCCCCAAGAGCUGGCUUUUCUCUCCACGGACCACCGGCAUCCUGCCUACCCUCCUGGACGGAGACUGCUUCCUGCGCUGCGACGCCGACAGCCCCGAUCUCGGUAUCCUCUUUGAGCUCGGCGUCACCUUCAUCCGCAACUCCACAGGCGAGCGAGGCGACCUGAGCUGCGGUUGGGCUUUCCUCAAACUAAACGACGCUGCAGGAAAUCCACUCCCUAACAGGACAUACGAGAUGCCGGUGAGCGGCGGCACUCCUUACGAGAAGGACGUCGACACGGAGGGGUUGCUCCCUCGAUCAUCUGCGACUGGCGUGUUCCAGCAGAUGCUCAAAGCGCGGCGACUAUCCAAACUCAUCGUCAAGUUCAAGACGCCCAGCAGCCGCAUCAAGGCGCAACUCAGCCUCCUCCCCGACACGCUGCUGCACUGUCUGAGCUGCCUCCCCCUGUUGGCCAUGUAUAGACAACUGCUAGCCGACGAGCUGCUGGUGAACCGGCCCACCAUGCAGAACGCAGAUUUGAUAUUCAGUCCCGUGGUUGCCACCUUCCCGAUCCUGCUGGACCAAGUGGAUCUGCUGGAUGCGGUCAGAAGUGCCUGGAUGGAUGCGGAAAGCAACAUGAGCAGGGCACAGAAGAGAGACGAGGCGCAGGUGAAGCAAGAGUUCGCAAAGGCGUUCCAGUCGUCGGCAUCUUUCUUGCUGCACACGUCUUCUUUCCCGCCCCACCGUUGGGCCGACACUCCAUCAGAGGAGCAGCGGUCCCGUCUCAUCCUGUCCACUCUGGAGGCGCUCAAGCGGACCCGCGGCCAGUCGGAGAGCUUGGAGGUCCUGGCCGACCCCGCCCACUCUCCCCUGGCCUUUGACAUCAACGAGAUGACUUUUGACCUCCUGCGUUAGAGCAAAAGAGAGAACACAGCAAAGUUAAAUUUUUAUAAUGAACACAUUGAGAUCAGUAAAAAAAAAAAAAA